UAUUAUUACUCAUGACCAAAAAAAUGCAAUGAAAUGAAAGAACACUCCCCUUUUCAACAUUAGUGUAGGUUUACACAAUUAUUACAAACAACUGUAAAGCAAAAAAUUUCCAAUUAAAAAAAGAUAUAAUUAUAUGUUUUUUUAAAAAAAUUAUAAUAACAUAAAAACAAAUUAAAAAAUAGGCAACAACAUAAAGAAAAGUGUAACACCCAUAACCAAUAUUAAUAUUGCCUCUUUCAUCAUUUCAAAGACCUUUCUUUCCCUCAAGAGGUCUAUAUUUUCUACACAUACAACAAAUGAUAAUGCUUUUGUACUUAUCUUUAAUCUUAAAAACUAAAAUUAAAAUGGCCCACCUCUUUAAAUUAAUUAAACUUAUUUAAAAUGUUCUAAAAAAUUAAACUUUAUUUAAAAAAUUAUAUGGUACCUCUCUUAUAUAUGAGCCAAAAAUCUAGUGAAUUUCAUCUCUUUUAUAUCUCUUUGGUUUUGGUUUGUGGGAAUAAGAGAAAGGAGAGAAAUGGGAGCUCUUGAUUAUCUUUCCAACUUUUGUAUUGUCACACCAACAAGAAGCAAACACAAACCAAUGCAGACAGUUGAGAUCAAAGUGAAGAUGGAUUGUGAUGGAUGUGAAAGAAGAGUUAGAAAUGCUGUCACUUCCAUGAAAGGAGUGAAGUCAGUGGAAGUGAUGAGAAAGCAACAUAGAGUGAGGGUUAGUGGUUAUGUUGAUGCAAACAAAGUGCUAAAAAGGGUAAAAAGCACUGGCAAAAGAGCUGAAUUUUGGCCAUACAUUCCACAACAUCUUGUUCAUCAUCCUUAUGCUUUAGGUGCUUAUGAUAAGAAAGCUCCUUCUGGCUUUGUUAGGAAUGUUGUACAAGCUUUUCCAACUCCCCAUGAAGAAAACUAUGUCUCUAUUUUUAGUGAUGACAAUGUCCAUGCUUGUUCCAUCAUGUAGCUAUCUUUUCUCUCCGUGUUCGAUCUCGAUCUCACACUAUCCUUUUUGUUGAACAUGUAUGUUCGAGUGGAGAUUAGAGAUUUCAACUUUAUGAAGGGAUCAAUAUUGAAAAAAAUCAAUCUAAUGGGAUUUUGACAAUUGAGUUGUAUAUUGUUGUCGUUGCUAUUGUUGGUGAGGAAACUCUUUUUUUACCCCUCUCGUGUAAAAUUGUCUUUCUUGUAAUUAUGC